UCUGUGUCAACGCAGGAUAAUAUGACAUAUUCGGGAAGUUUAAAGGAAGCUAUCGCACAGUACGAACAGCAGCUAGCUCAAGUUCAAACAACUCUGUCCGUGACUACGCAAGAAGCGGAUAGGAAUAAUUUAUUGAGCUUACAAUCGGACAUACAGGAACUGAUUGCUUUGACGAAAGAAAGUUUGGAAGGUGUCGAAUCCGCUGACGACGAUUUGGAUGAGUACAACGAUAUUGACAUCUAUCAUGAUGAUCCAUUGGCAAAGGAAUAUACCUUGUUCAAGGCAGAACUGGAGAAAUCCACCAAUGACUCUGAGAAUAAUGAGCAGGAUAAACAAGAUGAUCGAGCUUCAAAUCAUAUAGAAGCAGAACUAGAGAAGUCCAUUAAUGACUCUGAGAAUAAUGAGCAGGAUAAACAAGAUGAUCGAGCUUCAAAUCAUAUAGAAGAUCAGUUGAAGCAGCUUGAAGGCAUGAAGUGUAGAGCUCCCUGUAGCACUGGUAGGAGUUGGGAACCUGUUGCUUAUCAUAAUGCUAUGAUAUCCUCUGUUUAUCAAAAUGACAGUACAAAAAUACAAAAUAUGGAAGACAUAAAGGUCAGGGUACUCUUUUUAAAUCCAACACACAAGGCAAUGCUUCCAUGCCCUCAUUAUUUGGAUGGAAAAUGUAUAUAUUCUGACAAAGACUGCAAAUUUUCACAUGGGGAAUUAGUACCGUUAUCUAGUAUAUACGAAUAUAGGGAACCUGAUUUUCAAAGUAUAAAAAAGGGUAGUAGAGUACUGGUGAAGCAAGAAAAUCAGUUGUGGCAUGAGUCUUCUAUAUUAAGAAUGCCAGAUAACGAAGAAGAUACUUAUAUAAUUACAACACGAGAAAUUGGCGGAGCUGCAGAAGCCCUUUUACAAAAUAUCUUACCUCUUGGUAUAUACGACGCAGAUUUAAAAACGUCAGACACAUCUGAUGAUAAUGACAGUGAAACUGAUUUGGUACAGUACUCUAAAGAAGAAGUGAUUCAUAAACCUCUUCCUACAGUAGAAACUAAUGCACCAUUAGGAAAUUGGGAAAAGCAUACACGUGGUAUGGGCAGCAAAUUAAUGGCUCAAAUGGGAUAUGUAAUAGGUACUGGUCUUGGAAAACAUUCCGAUGGAAGAAUAGAACCAGUUGAGGCAACGGUAUUACCAGCUGGUAAAUCUUUAGAUCAUUGUAUGGAAUUACGAGAAAAUGCCAACGGGGAUAAAAAUCUAUUUACUGUCGAACGCAGAAAGCUAAAGCAACCGCAAAAAUUAGGACAGCAAAGCGAAAAACGACAUCAAAAAGCAAAUAAGCGCGCAGAAAAGGAUGUAUUUAAUUUUAUAAAUGCAAUGUUAGACAAUAAACCGAAAACUGAAUCACAAAUAGAUAUUUUCAAAAGUUUAAGUAAUUUUAGAUCAAAAUCAAAUCUAGCAUUAAACGCAAGGAAUUGCGUAGUUGGAGUACAUAUUGUAAGAUUAGAAAGAGAAUCGACCCAUUUAGAGAAAUUAUUGACACGACUUGUAAAAGGCACUGUCCACUAUAAUCACAUUAUGAGUAAGUAUAGUUGGAAACUAUCGGUUCUUCAGGUUUUAAGGAACAUUGAAAAAAGGAUCGAUGUCGAACAAUAUAGACGAAAGAACAAAGCGAAAUUAACAAUAUUUUGA